AUGUCUGGCCUCGUCUCCGACGAAAUCGCAGAGGACUACAAGAGUUCGCUGGAAGAUCUCACCUCUAACGAUGGCAUUCAGAUCCGGACCUUGACGGUCAUCGCCAAAGAAAACACCGAACACGCCAUGGCUAUCUCUCGGGUCUUGGAGAAUCACAUUCGAUCAACACCACCGCAGCAGAAGCUCCCGGCGCUGUAUGUAGCCGACUCCAUCGCCAAAAAUGUCGGAAGUCCCUACACUUUGUUUCUGGGUCGCAAUAUGUAUCAGACAUUCAUGAAUGUCUAUACGUUGGUGGACGGCAACACUCGACGGAAGUUGGAUGAGAUGCUCAAUACCUGGAAGCAACCGGCACCCGGGUCGCUCGACACUCGCCCCGUCUUCCCCACGGACAUCACUCGAAACAUCGAAAGUGCCUUGAUCAAAGCUCGCACUGCAGCCCUGCAGCACCAACAGACUCGCCCACAACCAGAGAUCAAUCGGGGCCGGGCAAACGGCACACCCACUGGAUGGUCCAGCAGCACAACACACAACAUGGCCCGGAAUCAACCGCAGUACCAAGGCCAUUCGACAUCGACCCCUCCCCCGAAUCAGCGUCAGGAUAUUGACUUGAGUCACCUUAAUCGAGAUGUGGAUGCCCUCGUUGCAGCUGCAAAGGUCGACUUUGCGAACAGCCCGUUCAACCCCGUCUCUCAGCAGCGUCUGAAAGCCUUGGUGGACCUGCAGGCAAUUUUGCAGUCGCAGCAGCUCAGUCAAGACCAGCUGAAAUUGGUCCGCGAUCAAGUCUCCCAACUUGCGGCCUCAAGGCCCCCUUCUGCAACUCCUACUCCCCUGGCAAGUGCGCCAGCAGCGCCGCCAGUGCCACCAAUUUCCACCCCUCCAGUUCAACCCGCGCAACCCGUUCAACCGGUCUCACAACCGCUCCAACAAUUACUCAACCCAGGUACCCUUGCCGAGCUGAUCAAAGCCACUGCCUCGCGCCAGCAACCCACCCCGCCGCCCGCUAUGCCACUACCACUACCUCAGAUCCCUCAGCUCCCACAGAGUGGCACCCCACAGCCAGAGAACCCUCUAAUUGCGGCCUUGCGGGCUCGGGGACUUCUGCCCUCAGGCCCCGCUCCCCCAUCCCUUACCCCCUCCGCUUCCUCGACCCCAACUCCCGGGACAGCUACGUUGCCAUAUUUCAUGCCCAAUGGAGUUCAUCAGUCAACUCCCCAACCGUUAACCCAGGUACCGGCGGCUAACGCCUCUGGAGUCCCUAUGACCACCGCAUCCAUCAAGAUCCCUCGGUUCGGACUGGUGGUUUCUCUUUAUGAUUCACGACCCAAUCGGUGUGGAACAUGCGGUCGUAGAUUCUUUGCUACCGAGAAAGGCAAGGAAAUGAAAGCUCGCCAUUUGGACUGGCAUUUCAAGACCAAUCAGCGUAUGACCGAAUCCUCCCGACGUGCUCAGAACCGUAGUUGGUAUGUCGACGAACGGGAUUGGAUCAAAUCUCGCGAGGCCGGUGACGAGAAUGGCGCCACCGACUCCCAAACCACCACCGAGGGCGCUGCAGGCGAUGAAGCCACCAAGCAAGAGCCCUCCAAGCCCUGGAUUCGGGCCCCCAACGAUGCUACCCUUCGCAACACCCCGUGUCCCAUCUGCCAGGAGAAGUUUGAAUCAACCUGGUCUGAGGAUGUCCAAGACUGGAUCUGGCAGGAUGCCACUAAAGUCGGACCUCGUGUGUAUCAUGCGAGUUGCUAUGCCGAAGUCACCAAGGGUCCUGCUCCGGCUCGCCAGACCCGGACUAGCACACCUGACUCAGUUCUCGGCAAGCGCAAGGCUGAACAUCUUCUUCUCUCAAAACACCACUCAUUCAUCAUGGCACCACACAUUGUUCGCUGGGGCAUCAUGGUGUUCACCAAGGACCUCCUCGUCGACCCAAACGUCCGUGAUGCAUCGGAUAUAGCCCACCAAAUCGUGGCCGUCGCCUCAUCCUCCUCCAAAGCCAAAGCCGAGCAAUUCAUCUCAGCUCGAGGCAUCAACACCGCCUGCUCUGCAUAUGGGGACUACGAGGCUCUGGUAGCAGACCCCAAUGUGGAUGUCAUUUAUGUCGCAACUCCACACUCGCAUCACUACCAGAAUGUGAGACUGGCCUUGGAGGCUGGUAAGCAUGUGCUCUGUGAGAAGGCAUUCACAGUCAAUGCUGCGCAGACUAAGAUCCUGGUCGAGAUUGCCCGGAAGAAGAACCUCUUCCUCAUGGAGGCUGUUUGGACUCGCUAUUUCCCGCUGAGUAUUCAGAUCCGGGAGCUGAUUCAAAAGGGUGAGAUUGGUGAGGUUCUUCGCGUCGUGGCUGAUACGAGCUUUGGUGAUGAUGUCGAGGAGAAAUGGGGUACUACUCACCGCAUGGUCAAUCCUGAUCUGGCAGGUGGUUGUCUUUUGGACUUGGGCAUUUACUCUUUGACCUGGGUCUUCCAGACCCUCUACCACACCCUACCCCGUGAGCAGAGGAAACCACCUACUGUCUCCUCGCAAAUGACUCCAUACCACCUAACUGGUGCAGAUGAGUCUACCACCAUGCUUCUCAGCUUCCCAACAAGCACCCCCUCCAAUGGCCCACACCCCCAGCAGUCGCAUGGUAUUGCCAUGACCAACAUUCGGGUCUCUGCUGACCCGGACGAGAAGGGCUCUGCUGGUCCCUCUAUCCGGAUUCAAGGAACCAAGGGCGAGAUCCAGGUAUAUGGUCCUCCAUUCCGCCCGGAAAGUUACCGGGUUAUCCCUAAGAAGGGUGCGGGUGAGAUCCGUGAAGUGCAGUGCCCAUUCCCAGGUAAGGGUCAUGGUAUGUACUGGGAAGCUGAUGAAGUUGCUCGGUGCCUCCGGGAUGGCAAGCUCGAGAGCGAGGGUUUGCCGUGGGAGGAAAGUAUCGUUAUCAUGGAGGUGAUGGACGAGGUUCGAAAGCAGGGUGGCUUGACCUAUCCCCAACAGAUCGAGUCGACUGAGUAUCCUUUGAAGCUCUAG